AUGCCAAAACAAUUCCCCAAAGAUGUUUUUGACACUUUGGGCUCGAUGGAAAUCGCGCAAAAAAUAGCGGAUAACUUUCAUAGUGACUCGGUUGAAUCAGUGACUGUUCAAAAACCCGGUUUCAUCUGCGUAGCAUUUUCUAACUUGUAUUUAAUUAAUGAGCUAAGGGAAAAUAUUAUUAAACCAAAGUUGAUAGAGUGUAAAACCAAUAGUAUUUGCAACGUACUUGUAGAUUUCAGUUCUCCCAAUAUUGCAAAAGAAAUGCACGUUGGACAUCUCAGGUCUACUAUUCACGGAGAAUCCAUCAGCCGCAUGUUGGAAUAUAUCGGGUUAUCUGUAAAACGUAUCAACCACAUAGGUGACUGGGGAACACAGUUUGGAAUCUUAAUCGAAUAUAUCAUUCAAAACAAAGUUGACAUUUAUUCGAAUAACCUGACUUUGUCAGUGUUAAACUCUUUGUAUCAGUCUUCUCGCGAUCUAUUUGAUUCGAACGACGAGUUCAAGACAAAAGCUCGUAACAGAGUCGUGUUACUGCAGCAAAAAGAAAAAGAAAGCUAUACAAUCUGGAAAAGACUGGUUAAAUUAUCCGAAAUUGAAUUCAAAAAAAUUUACCAAAGGUUAGAUAUAAAACUUGAAACCUAUGGAGAAAGUUUCUACCACGACAUGAUCGCAGACGACAUUGAACGAUGUAAAAAGCUGGGCAUAGUAAAAAUCGUUGACAACGCCACUUGUUUAUUCGUAGACGACUACAAGAAAUUCAAGCUUAGCGAAGUUCCGCUUAUGUUGCAGAAAAGCAAUGGAAGCUACGGUUACGACUCGACCGACGUUUCAACUAUUUUAUACAGAAUAGAAAAACUGAAAUGCAACUGUCUAAUUUACAUUACCGACAUUGGUCAAAAAGACCACUUUUUACGAUUGUUUCAAGCUACUAAAAAACUAGGAAUCGAAAACGUCGAUUUGUGGCAUCUUGGUUUAGGACUGAUUUGUGGCGCAGAUGGAAAGAAAUUCAAAACUCGCAGUGGAGAAACCGUCCGUUUAAUUGACUUACUAGACGAGUCUGUAAGCAGAUCCAAAGAAAUUCUCAAAAUCAGACGUUCCGACUUUACUCCAGAAGAACUAGAAACUGCAGCAACUUCAAUAGGCCAUUCUUCUGUUAAGUAUUUCGAUCUCAAUCAGAUUUGUUCCAAUAAUUACAACUUUGAUUAUGAGCGGAUGCUCGAUCCAAAAGGAAACACAGCUGUUUACAUUUUAUACACCUACGCAAGAAUGAACGCUUUGUUAAAGAAAUUAAAUAUGAAACGAGAAAAUUGUGAAGUUAACUUAUGUUUGAAUGACAUUGAACUGCAAAGCAUCUAUGAACGAAAGCUCGUAGUUCAUCUACUAAGAUUUUCAGAAUAUUUAGAUGAAGUAUUAGAAAUUCUCAGCAUGCACAAGCUCUGUGACUAUUUAUAUGACUUGUGUAAUCUGUACUCUUUGUUUUACGAAAACUGCAGAGUCGUAGGCUGUGAUCAACAAAAUUCUCGUACGAUUAUCACUGUUGGUUGCAUGAAACUAGUCGAAACUAUAUGUAGCAUUCUAGGCUUAAAAUUACUAGAGUCUAUUUAG